AUGCUCCCGGCCCAGCCCCUUCCCGAUCCUUUUCGGGGCCGAGGAGGAGGCUGCAGCGGCAGGGCAGACAGGUGGAGAAAGCAGCAGCGAGAGGGAGCGCUGCCAAGCGCACCCCCUUUGCAGUGGGUCCGCGCACCCCGGGCUGCCCGCGGGGAGCCCCGGGCCCUGCCCCACGCCGCGCAGGUCCCGCGCGCGCCCCUGCGCCUGUGCGGGGACACGGUCCCCGUGGGCACCCGGGGCGAGAGACCUGUCCUGCGGUGGGAGACAGGGCGAGCGGGACCUCGCGCCAGGGCCAAGGGCUCGCCUGAAGCUGAAUUCCAUUUUAAAGCAGAUCCCUCUCCCCCCACGCCGCCUCAUCAGGGAAAGCAACCAAAGACAGCAACCAAACAAAACAUUAACCGAACAACAAGCGCCGAGCCCGGCCCUCCGCAGAGCCGCACACUGAACGGAUCUGCCCGUACGGUUUUAAUUACGGCCAGGGCUCCGCUGCAGAUCCGCGCCGGAGACAGUGGCUGCUUCCCCCUGGAUGCCCCCGCUCCCGGCUCCUAUUGCUGCCACCACGUGCUCCGCACCCGCGCAGGAGCCUCGGAGCCCGCCUGCCCGCGAGGCGCUGAGCGCCGCGGGGCCCCCGCGCGCAGCCCCGCAGCCGCAGGGUCACUAGGAGUCGCGGGCAGGCGGAGAGGGAGCCUGUGUUUUGAGGCGGUAUCUAGAUUUUACACCCAACCAGUCCCCUCUCCUGCCCAAUUCUGCCCGAUUCCCGUGCCAGCCCCUGGUAUGCAGGGGGAAAUCUUCCGAAAUAAAAAGACAACGUGUUGCAAGAGCUCCCGCGUCCGUUUUCAGACACCUUUUGUUAUGCAUGGAGAAAAUGCCAGUGUGUGCACCUGCGAAAAACGCCUGCAUGAUGUUAACAUCAAGCUGGAGGAUCAGCAAAAAACGACAGUGAUCGAAAACGGUGAGAUCCGAUUCAAUGGAAAAGGGAAAAAGAUUCGGAAACCUCGAACCAUUUAUUCUAGUCUACAACUGCAGGCUUUAAAUCAUCGCUUUCAGCAGACUCAGUACCUGGCACUUCCAGAGAGAGCUGAACUGGCAGCUUCAUUAGGACUUACCCAGACACAGGUGAAGAUCUGGUUUCAGAACAAACGCUCCAAGUUUAAGAAGCUGCUGAAACAGGGCAGCAACCCGCACGAGAGCGACCCCCUGCCCGGCUCUGCGGCGCUGUCCCCCCGCUCGCCAGCCCUGCCUCCGGUCUGGGACGUUUCAGCUUCUGCCAAGGGAGUGAACAUGCCUCCCAACAGCUAUAUGCCCGGCUAUUCUCACUGGUAUUCCUCCCCACACCAAGACACAAUGCAGAGACCGCAAAUGAUGUGAAGUGUCCAAGAGAAAUAAUCUCCCAAGAUUAUUUGCCUCGUCUCGACAUGGCAAAAAAAGUCCCCCGCUUUGCCAAGCCGUGCCAGCCAACAGGCUCCGUGUGAACUUGUAGAUGCGGCAAGGAGACAGAGUGGCUUCAUUUGAUUUGAUUUUAUUUUUUUAAAGUAACCUCAGCGAUUGAUCUCGAACAGAAAGACACAAUUUUCAUUCUGGCGCACAGAAGACACUUCUCUUUAGGAUAUUUUCAUUUGGACUCCAAGGCACCAGCCUCUUUCUCUGUGGAGUAUACGUCAAAACAAACUUUUUACAGACUUUGCCCGCAAGAAGAACCUGAGUCUACAGUGGCCACCGUUUUUACUUGUUUAAUGAGCUAAGGACGUUACAGGAUGAAAGCGAGACUAGACUGCUUCGUUUCUCUAUUCACCAAAUCCGGACUGGGGA